AUGAAGAGCGUUCGGAGCAAGCUCUCUAAUGUUUUGCAAGAGUUUCCCGCCGAGUACGAUGGUGACCUUCUCCAUGAGCGCUUCCAUGUAAACGACUUGAUGCUUGCUCGAGACCAACUCAUUUCUUCACGGCUAGUCAUUGACGGAAUCGCCGAUGACUUUGUGCAGCUGCUGAAGAAGGAUGAUUGUGAUUCACUGGACAAGUGCAAGCGCAUCAAAGUGGAUGCUCUUGGGGUCUUCUACACUCUUGCAAUGAGGUGUGUUCCAAGCCUGGCCCUUCUCGAAGAGAUCAGGGAGUACAUGGCGGGUUUGGAAGAUGAUGAUGGUGAGAUUGAUGUUCCUGCUGCUGCUACUCCUUUGACCAAGACGGUCAUGCAGCAACGUGUCCUGGCUGAGGAAGACUGCACAGUCCCUCACAGAUUAGAUGUUCAUAGUGCUGCUGACUUUGUUGAUCCUGUAAUCAGGUCUUGCCUUGAGGACCUGGAAAGCAAACAUGGCUUCUUGCUUCAAGGAGUGGACUGCAAAACUUGGCCACAGGUACAAGGAGCACCUGACUAUGCCGCUAGCAGCAUGAAAGCCUUGGCGAUUUAA